AUGUCUAGCGAUUCACCAAAGCGCUCAGACUUGAUCGAUGUGUCGUACUCCCAACUCUUGUCUUCAAUUUCUCCCGGUGUUCAAGAUGGCGUAAAUUCAAACCAAAUUCGCUCGUACCUGGAACCGCGAAAGAACCAGCUCGGGAAUGUCUCAAACACGUUCGGAAAGCCGUCGGACGCGUCGAGGAAGAAAAUCGAGAGCGGGUCCGUGACUCUUCCCGAUGGUAUCGAGAUUCGCGUCGAGAAUGCAGACAAGGAGCACAUAUACGCCGUGAGCGCGCGGUUCGACAUCGACCAGGUCCAGGCGCUCAUCCUCCUCCGUUCGUUCCUAUACAAUCAGGGCAUGCCACCCAUCUCCGACCCCGACGAUACGUCCGUUAUGGCCGCCGAGCUGGUUGAAGCCAUCGCUCCCUUCUUUUACUCCGAACUCCUAGACUCGUUUCGCGUCUUGAUCCCUCUGCUUCGCGCCAAGGAGAGUGCUGAAGACGCCCUUUGCGACAUAGCAACAGACGUCCUACCCCAAAUCAUCCCAGACGGCCCGAAAUUCGCGCAGACGCUCAUCGACGAGUACACGCGGAAGACGAGAGAAAAACUCCCUGAGAAGUAUCGCGAGCACCCACGGACGGCAACACAGUGGGCGAAGCAAAACCUGAAGGAGCAGUUGGUAUUGUUGGAAGUGCUGUUCUGGACGAUGUGGGGUUACGUUCCGUGCAGUGGAUACUUGGUGGAGGCAAUUUUUGAGGCAGCGUUCAGCACGAACUUUGGAUCAGUGCAGACAAACAACACGCUUCUCCUUGAUGAGGAGAGCGCACAAAUACAGCAGGACUCGGCUGCGCUCUGGAUCCUUAUUACCAUCGAAAUCCUGCAGCUGGAGACAAUGGGAGAAGAACUACCGCUGGAGAUCCAAGGCUCGCUGGAGUACUUCGCUAACCCAGAGAGCCUCAAGCGGAUACACGAUAUCGUCACUUCACAUACGGACAGCCAAUAUUCCUGUGGGUAUUUGGCCUGGACCUACGUUAUCUCACGGAUUACUUCGAGAGCAGAAGCAACACUGGACCUUCCAGAGGGCUAUAAAUUAUUUCUCGACUACGUCAACCCGCCCACAGACCGAGCCCGAGAACCUAUCGUUGCCCAGAUGACAAGAGCCGUCCUCGAUCCCGAAGCUGGCCUGCUGAAGUUAAUCGAGAAUCUUCUUACAGGCACUGCUCUCUUUGUAACGACAAUCGCAUGGAGAACAGGUUCCUCAAUAACAGACCCCAAUGCCGUCGCCUAUCGCUCCGUGCUUAAAGGUCUCGUUAUUGCUCUUGUUGAGCUAUCACCAGUGGAGCUAGUGCCCGACUUCGACACCCUAGUCGAAGUCUGGAUAGCACUUUUCGGCCGCAGCGAAUCACUGUCUGUUUCCGGCAUCGCAGCUCAAUACUGGCAACAGGAUUGGCGUCUCAGCACGGCUCGCCGUGCUAUCCUCGACGUCGCAAGGUCCCGCUUCCCUGUCCAAGUCCGACCCCUCUUCCGCAUUCUCCGCGCCAUGACCGGGUCAGGUUUCCUCGACACCGAUCCUCUCUACACCUCCGACUCUGUGCAGGACCAGGCUGUGACAUCAGCGGAACGAGAAGUCUGCGACCACCAUGUGUACAACUUUUUCGCUGCGCUACCGACGUAUUCGCAAAUUAUUCCCCUUAGUGCAUGUACUGGCGCCCAUGCGCUGUAUGAGCGGCAAGCAGAGCGGUAUGGGCCGGGCAAUGCAAACCCUGGAUUAAACUACAUCAACCUGAAGUCCAUCCGACUACCAGGAGGCACCAUUCUUCCUGCACGAUCUCCGGGCCGACUGCUGACCGGCGACGGGGGCGAGCAGGUCGUAAUUUGUUGGAAGCACCAGCAUUCGGGUUGGAAGGUCAUCCUCGAGAUCCUGACCGACUACGUGAACAAGUGCAGAAUGGACUUUGGGUCUGGAGGCAAUUACCAGAACGUGUCCUUCGCACCACGAAAUGUGCCUCAGGUCAAGGCAAUGAGACUCGAGGAGAUAGGAAUAGAGCGAGAUGCGGAUGGAGAUGAGUCAAUUAUCACCGACGCACUUGACCUCGUACGAAGUGUCAUUCAGGACAAUCCCGUGCAGGCAGAGGCCCUGAUGAACGGGCUGGAGGCCGGAGACCCUGUUGUGUGCCAUACGAUGACGGAAGCGCAGCCACCAGAUUUGGUCCAGCUGACAACAAUGAUCCUGGAAGAGACCUUGUCCCGCUCCAAUGGUCGUGCAAGAUCGCCAUCGAGGACGAAACUCAUCACAUCCACCUUGAAUGUCCUCGCUGCGUUAUUGAUGAUUCCUACAUAUUCCAACCGCGUGUGGCUCUACAUACGGUCAACAACAGCAUUGUUCGGUGCUGAUCGGUCACCUGGGUUCGCAUCGGUUGCGCUGGGUGCAGAGCGGGCUACAGGACAGUAUACGAUGACGUUGGCGCUCCUAAAUCUCGUCGGCUCCCUCUUCCGCGAAGCCAUCCUAUCCAUUCAACCGGAAAAUGCGAAGUUGCAACAGCUGAAGGAAGAGGUGCUUCUACGAGCAGCACGGUUCGUGCACACGGAGAUUUGGGUGGAGCAUUUAGGAUGGAAAUACGUUCAGUUGGGUGAUCGGUUCGACAUUGGGAGGAAGGUUGUCUCCAUGUAUCUCCAGGUGUUGGAGAACUCACCGCCGACGCUGGAAGAGAGACCCUUCCCUAUCCUCAGCCAGACCAUCGCAGAUGUUUUGCUCUUCAAGGCGACGACAUCAACGAUUAAUCCACUCGUCUCACCCAUCAGCUCUGGAGCGCAGGUUAUUAAGAUGCUGCUUGCCUCUCGACGGCAUGGCGACGUCCGACGGCUCAUCUACCUCGUCCAAGAAAGUCUACGUCUCUGUCAUUUGCUUCUAACCUACAAAUUGCGUUCGACAAUGGCCGAUCGACCAUGUUUGCUGGAGCAGUCCCUUUGUGCCCGUGUUACGGGCGGAACGGCCUCGCAUGAUAAGAUCCAUUCCAGGAACGACCCAAUCGACGUUCUUGCGGGCUACAUCAAGGAUCGGGCGAUGGGUAGCAUACCAAUGAAUGCCGCCAAAGUGCUUUGUGCCCUGAUGGCGUCUUUGGCUACAUCUCAGCCAUCUCCGCCUACCAUCGUCGGACAUCUAUCCAAUCCCGAGUCGUUCGUCUCGUCCUUGGUGCAUAUCAUCCAGCAUCCGUAUGACGAUCUCUCGCUGCGCAAGACCAUCUGGAACUUCAUGACGUUGGCCGUGGACAAGGAGCCCGCCUUGGCCGGCCUGUUCGUCACGGGCAAAUUCCGGGCACCGGUUGAGUUCAGAGAGAUUAAGGACAGGAAGGGGAAGGGGAAAGCGAAGGAAGAAAGCAAGGAGGACAAGAGAGAAGAGGAAAAGGAGGAGGAACAGUGUACCCAAUCAUUAAGUGCACUGGAAGUUGCGUCGGAGAUUCUCAUCACCUGGAAGGACCUAUGGGAAGCGAACCCUCUUCUCCUAGCUUGCGUCUUCAGGUUCUUGGACGUUGUGUGGCAACACGCUCUCGAGCAUAAGGCUGUCCUCGAACCACUACGGAGAGAUGGCAACUUUUGGAAGCGAGUUGUCGGUGUUGCCUGCGAGGAGGUUGGACCAGUACCGGAGUAUGACACCAUCGAAACAUCGACAGCUGAUGGCAUUGUGCAAACGACAGUGCACGAGCCGAUCCAAGCGCACGCCUAUCGUACCCUUGUCAAAGCUCAUGCACUCCGUAUCAUCACUCGUGAUAUAGGUCUACAUCUUCAGCAACACGGUUCGGAGGUGCCCCUCAAGAAACCAGAGAGUUACGCGAACUUAGAAGCAUGCUUGAAGUCAGAAGAGCAGCUGACCGAACUUUUGGCCGAAGCUGCACCCAGCUCAUAUGCACCUCAUCUACACGACAGCAUCGUAGCGCUCUUGUCGGCUCAUUUCCCUGGUUUGACUCUACAACAACUGGAGAUCCAAGAACCCCUGACAGAGCGGGAAUAUGGGGAGAAUUUCGCUUUCACGAUGCAGCUGCUGCGACUACGCCUCCAAGCCUACCCUGCUGCUACUCUGGUCAGCGCCAUGGAUUCCCCUGUCCAGGAUGUGGACAGGCUUCUGGUGACCAUCAACCUCAAUCUUUCAUUGGCACAUUCAGAAACACAGCACAUCGAGGCGUGGGAUGCCUUGCUUAGGCAGGUAGUUCCAUAUCUUAGGACUGACGCUGCUGUCCGGCCACAUCUGCUCAGCAUAGCUGCAAGCAUAUCAUAUGACAUCGCUGCAGAAAAAAGAGGCGGCGAUAUGAUGGCAGCGAUUCAUGGAUCGAGAUUAUCACUUGUUCUCGCUCUGCUAGAAGUGGCUUGGUUCUCUUCGACGGACAAGACACCUGAAAUCAUCUCCUUCGUGGAUCUCGUCCGCAAUCUCCGUGAUAUCAUAGCCAACGAAGCACAAUCGCCGGCGAGAUCAUUCCUCUCCACACUACCAGCACCUUUCCAUCGCGUCCUCCUACAAAUCAUAUAUUUCUGUGCAAAACAAGGUCGGAGUAUGCUGAACCGGCAGAAGACACUAAACUCAGAACAACGGUUUACAUUCUUGCAAACUGUGGAGGCUACCCUCAAUUUCGUCAUUGAAGCCCUUGGAAUCGUCUUCGUCGCUGCUCGGAGUAGAGCUGAUGUUGACCUUGAUCGCGACAUGGAGCUUCUUGUCGCUGUGUUCGAACAGUGUACUCGCCCAGACAUCGACGCGUCCUCUACCUACUGGCUUGCCCGGUGUCAGGAAACGGACGUCAUCCACGCCAGCCUUGACCUUUUCGUGCAUAUCGACCUUGUCGGCCUCUCUGACCUUCCUCUCCUGCUUCCCCGCAAACAACCCCUAUACUCCCCUCACAUCCUCCGAUUCCACAUGGCUCUUGCUGGCAACCCAGUCGCCGCUGAGCGAUUCGCCAGCGAAGGUGUUUUGGCCGCAUAUAGCAACAACUUCAUCAGCUCAGCAAUUAGUUCUGGGAUGAUCGACAUCGUGCUACCUGAGCUGCCUGGUCAGCGGAGUCCUGCACAUGUGGCGCAUUGCUCAAUGCUCUCCAUCGUCGCAAUGGUCAUCACAGCGUUAGGUCGACAAAACCAUUAUUUCGACGCAGAUGCUUGCGGAUUUAUUCAACUGUAUGGAGAACAAAUAUCCCGUGCGCUGUCAUGGACGAUUGGAGACCCAAUCACUGUGCCUUUGUUCGAGGAAAUCGACCAGGUCGUCAACCUUUUCUACGCGAUCGCAGCCAGCGUGCCAUCCUCUGCCAAAUCUAAUCCAGCUGUCGACAAAGUACUUCGUGUAUUCACGACACACGCAUUGCAGCUUCUGCAACAGGUCAACUACGCCAUCACACAUCCUAACCACCUCGCAAGUCUGUAUGAGCCAGUGACGCAAGAAGAGAGAGUUAGGUUCGAAAAAGCACAGUCGCAGUCGGACCCAAUGAAACGGCCUUUCGUGACGAAUUUGAUUCAUCGGCUGUUCCAACUCUCAAGCAACAUCGUCGGGACAUUAGUGGUUAUUAGCAAGGCGGAUCAGGUUUUGUUGACUGGAGUAGAAGAUUGGGCCAUCGGGGAGGCUCUCAUCGUUCCUCACUCUAAAGUUGUCCUAGGCGAACCAGCUUCGCUGGGCACCCUCCUCGAACUCGGCAACCGAACACUCGAUGUGCUCAAAGACCUCGUCAACCGACCGCCAGGCCAAAGCCUAACCGACCCCUCUUCCCUUCCCGGGUCCUAUAGCACCGUCCUCGGCGUGAAAGAAGGCGUCCGCAUCGCACGUAGGAACCUCGAGGAAAUUUCCCUCUACUCUGUCACCCAGCUCGCGAUGUGGCUUUCGAAGCCCGAUUUUGACAGCACGCCUAUCGACGCGGAGGCGGAAGAGAUGGCCAUGGACACGUCUGCGCGGCCCGGGGCUGAGCAGGGCAAGGAUAGAGAUGCAGGUGGGAGAAGGGCACCGAGGUCGUCGAUGACGAUGGCAGAGAGGCUGAGGAGGGGCAUGACGGGCGAGAUGGCUGGGGAUUUGCAGACGCUGUUGACCAAGUCGAGGCCGAUUAUUGCGGCGAGUGAUAAGGUCCUCGGGAAGCCAUCAGUGGAUUUGACGCAGGUGCUGUUGAAUUUUAUGCAUGAGCGGAUUGGGGGUUCUUCAUGA